CGUUGCUGCUGCCUGAGCCCAGUCAGGUGUUCGUUGUACAGCGACGUCAACUUUGCAUUUGUUAAAACUGAUUGGAUUUUGGGUCCAGACAAGCACAGUCAAGACCAUGCUCAGACGGAUACUUCAAAUGACUCCUGGGAAGGGGGGCUCCCAGAACACAGAAUCAGAGCAACCCAGCACAGACCUAAACCAUGAUCAGACAUCUGAGGGCUUCAUCUGUCCUCAGUGCAUGAAGUCUCAUAACUCUGCAGAGGAGCUGUUCAAGCACUAUGAGCUGUUCCAUGAUACUGGAGACCUCCCUGCUCACAUGGCCCCCACUCGGGAAGACCUCACAAUGUUGCGGCAAGAAGUUCAGGACUUACAUGCUUCACUGAAGGAAGAAAGAUGGUUCUCUGGAGAGCUCAAAAAGGAAUUAGACAAAGUCCAAGGGCACCUGAAGCAAACCGAUGGGCCAGUGUCAGAGGAUUCAGCCCUUGAAAAGAAGCUGAACGAAGCAGAGACAGAAAAAUUCAACAUCAAGCAGAUGAAAGACCUGUUUGAGCAGAAGGCUGCCCAGCUGGCCACUGAGAUAGUAGAUAUCAAGUCCCGCUAUGAUGAGGAAAAGAGCCUUAGGGAGGCUGCUGACCAGAGGGUUGCCAAACUGACCGAACAACUACAGAAAGAGAAGCAGGAGACUGAGAGACUCCAAACAGAACUGUUGCAGCGUCCAGGAGUGGAGGAUGUGGAGGUCCUGCAGAAGGAGCUUGUGCAGGUGCAGACGUUAAUGGAUAACAUGACGCGUGAGAGGGAAGAGGAGUCCGAACGCCUCAGAAGUCACUACGAGCAGCUGCAGGCAAAUUAUACUACCUCAGAGAUUCGUAAAUUGGAGAUGACCAUAUCGCAACUGAAAGCAGAGUUGGAGAAAGGCCCACAAGAAGCAGCCGUCUACACACAGCAGAUCCACCAACUGCAGAGCACUCUGAAUAAUUUACAGCAAGAAAACCAGAACAUGUCUGAAAAACUGACCCGCAAGGAAAAAGCGUAUCAGGAACUGGAAGAACAACUGGGAGCAGAAAAAGUCACCAAGAAGGGGGUUCAGAAUAGUCUGAGGGAACGAGAGCUGGAGGUACAAGAGCUCCAGGCCCGGGCUACAGGGGCCGAGGCCUCACUGCAGAAAACCCAGGCUGAGCUCAGAGAGAGGGCAGAGGAGGUGACCAAGCUGAAGAAUGAAAUUACAGAACUGGAGAUGAAGCACGCUGAGCUGAAGGUUGAGAGGAAACAACUGGAACAUCAGAGAGAAGAAAAAGAGAGCCAAGGUGCUCAGCAGCAGACAGAGAUCAGCCAGCUGCACGCCAAACUGUUGGAGGCAGAGAGACAACUGGGUGAGGCGCAAGGUCGUCUGAAGGAACAGAGGCAGCUGUCUGGGGAGAAACUGAAAGACCGUGAACAGCAAGCAGCUGACCUGCAGCUCAAACUGUCCCGGGCUGAAGAACAGCUGAAGGAGAGUGUUGGUAAGAACACAGACCUGCAGCACCAGUUGGAGAAAGCCAAACAGCAGCAUCAGGAACUGCAGGCACUGCAGCAGAAUACCAACGGCAAACUCCGCGAAGCACAGAAUGAUUUGGAGCAGGUGUUGCGUCAGAUUGGUGAUAAAGACCAGAAGAUCCAAAACCUGGAGGCUCUGCUGCAGAAGAGUAAAGACAUUGUGAGCCAGCUGGAAUCUGAGAGAGAGGACUUGUGUGCCAAGAUCCAGGCUGGAGAGGGAGAGACAGCUGUACUCAACCAGCUCAAAGAGAAAAACCACACGCUACAGGAACAGGUAACACAGCUGACAGACAAGUUGAAGAACCAAUCAGAGAGCAACAAGCAAGCCCAGGAUAACCUACACAAGCAGGUCCAGGAGCAGAAGACCCUGGUUCGGUCGGCCCAGGACCGAGCCCACACACUGGAGACCUCAGUCACUGAACUCACUGCCCAGCUCGCAGACAGCAAGGAGAAAGUCUCCCAGCUGGACGCUCAGCUCAAAGCAAAGACAGAGAUGCUGCUGUCCACGGAGGCUGCCAAGGCUGCGUUAAAGGCCAACUUGGAAAACAACCUUGAGACUGCUCAGCAUGCACUGCAGGACAAACAGCAGGAGCUGAAUAAAGUUCAGAAGAAGGCAGAGGAGCAAGACCAAAGGCUCAAGGAGAGACAGGAGCAGUGCACUCAGCUGGAAACCUCCCUGAAGGAUUGUAAAGACAAACUUCUGGCCACAGAGCAGCGUAUAGAGCAACUGGAGGGGCUCUCUAAGAAACUAGAGGCUCAGGUUAGUGAGGUGCAGGCAUCACGGGACCAGGCGCUGCAGGAAGUGCAGAAACUACAGAAGGAGGGGGGAGAGGUUAAGAAGAAAGCCAAGGAGCUGCAGCGCACACUGGAAACUGAAAAAGCAGGGGCUUCAGCACUACAGGAGGAAUUAAAGAAAAAGGCAGCUGCUUUGAGUGACAGCCAACAGCAGCUGCAGCGCUGUGAGCAGGAGAAAGCUGCUCUGAAAGUGAACCUGGACAAGGUGACACAGGAGGGAAAGACUCAGCAGGCAGACCUGGACAGGAAAGCACAGAGCCUGGCAGCAGACUUACAAAAAGCCCAAGAGGAGAAAGAAAGUCAACGGAAAGAGCUCACCUCUACCCAGGAGAGUCUAGGAAAGGCUAAUAAAGCACUAAAAGAAAUUCAGAGUCAGCGGGACAGUGAGAGGAAGAGUCAUAAAUCAGCUAUGGAGGAAAAGGAAAAGGCUAAUGAAAAGGUCAAACAGGAACUUCUAAAGAGUAAUGAGGCCCUCGCCAAGAUAACAAAAGAAUCUAAACAGCAGUUGGAGCAGAUGAAUGAGGCAGAGAAAAGGUUGAAAGAGCAGCUGAACUCAGUGGAACAACAACACUCAAAGACUCAGGAGGGGCUGAAAAACAAGGAGAAAGAGUUGGAGAAGCAGCAGGCACAGCUUAAGGCAUCCCAGGGAUCUUUUGAUGAAGAGUUGAAGAAACUGAAGGGACAGGUGGAAAAGUUACAGAAAGUGAACAGUGAGAAGGUGGAAGAGGAGAGCAGGUUGAAGGCCCAGGUGUCAGGACUGGGACAGGAACUGGCCUCGGAGAAGAGCCGGACCACAGAACUGCAGAAAACCUUAGAACAAAGUCAGGGAAGCCUCACCAAGCUGCAGUCUGACUAUUACGGAAAAGAGUCUGAGCUCUCUGCGCUACGUCAAGAUCUAAAGAAGUCUGAGGAGAAGCUGAGUUUGGUGCAGGAGGAACUGGCAGCGAACCGGACUCAUCAGACAGCUUUAGAGGCUCAGAUCCAGGAGUUGAAGGCAAGUUGCAGUUCUAUGGAGCAGGACCUGGCCAAGCGGGACCAGAGGCUCCAACAGCAGGAACAAGCCCUGAAGGAGCUACAGCAGCAGCAGGUUCAAGUUAAAGAAGAGCUGCAGAAGGAGAAGAGUAAAGUGGAUGAGCUGAACAAAGCCAAGGGUGUCCUGGAAAAGAACAACAGCAAACUAAUUUCAGACGUAAAAGCACUUGCGGAGAAGAGCGAGAAGGAGCUUGGGGAAUUGCGGGAAGCCAAACAGCUGUUGAUCCAGCAGAAACUGGAGCUGCAGGCCCAGGUGGAGGCGGCCCAGGCUGCACUGGACCAGGAACAGAAAGACCACCAGGUCACCAGGGACGGCAGGGGCCAGAGAGAGGAGCAGCUCCUGGCCCAGACCAGGGCUGUCCAGGAUCAGCUGGCGGCAGAGAAGCGAGCCAAAGAUGAGCAGGUGAAGCGUGGAGAGGAGGCUGAAGCCAAGCUGAGUGUUCAGGUGACGGCUCUGAAUGAAAACGUAGCCACGCUGAAGAGGGAGUGGCAGGGCAGCCAACGCCGGGUCAGUGAGCUGGAGAAACAGACGGACGAGCUGAGAGGAGAGAUCGCCGUGCUGGAGGCCACGGUCCAGAACAACCAGGAUGAGAGACGAGCCCUUCUGGAAAGGUGUGUGAAGGGUGAGGGUGAGAUAGAGAAGCUGCAAGCGAAGGUGGUGGAGCUGAGACGCAAACUGGACGACACGACGGCGGCCAUGCAGGAGCUGGGCCGAGAGAACCAGUCGCUCCAGAUUAAACAGUCACAGUCUCUGACCAGGAAGUGGGCGGAGGAUCAUGAGGUGCAGAACUGCAUGGCCUGUGGCAAAGGCUUCACUGUCACUGUCAGGAAGCACCAUUGCAGGCAUUGCGGGAACAUUUUCUGCGCCGAAUGUUCGGCAAAGAACGCCCUAACGCCAUCCUCUAAAAAGCCUGUACGGGUCUGCGAGACAUGCUUUGAGGAACUCCAAGGCUAAUCCCUCCCCCAAGCUCCCUUUACCUCCCACACAGCCCCUAACCCCACUCCACUCCCGUUUUCCUUACUCCAGUGGGCAGAAGAAGGUGCGUCUAUGUCAUAUUUAAUGUGCACUAUAAAAGGACAGACCCUGCGAAAGACUCCCAGCCCCGUGUGACUGCGGCGGUUCGGCUCUGCAGGAGCUGUCGCCGAAAGGUCAGCUCAGGAUUGGUUUCAUCGCGGAGAAACACCAGAGCUGUUUGACGGGGCGGGGUCUCGAUUGGUUUUUGUGCCUUUGCUACUCCUGUGGACUGCCAGAGAGCGGAGACAGUGAGAACUAAACGCCAUCCAUCUCUUUGAGUUCACAUCUCCAUCUUUGUUUGGUGUCAUUAGUAAUCGUAAGGUGGUUGCUGUGUAAGUUGGAAAAUGAGGUGUAAGGAAGGUCAGUACAACACUGUAAAACUGACUAAAGAAGUAUAUAUUGUAAUAGUGAUGUGGUACAUCACUGCUGCCCUACAAAGGUAAAUGCAGGUAACUAUUAAAUGAAAAAACAAACUCUAAAUGAGGUUCUUUAUGCGACUUAAUGCCUAUAAGGAAACGUACUGCCUCAUGGACCCACUUCCUUCUGACAUUGAUUGACAGGAUGUAAUAGUCAUAUGGAUGUUUUUAAAUUUAAGGAUGCGCGUUAUGUUUUUGUAAAAUCCCUUUUAGGUUUGUCUUGGCGCAUGUAUCUCCUAAAGAUUCUAGGUGUGAAAUGUGUUGGGUUUUGACCAUAAAAAUGCUGAAUUCAGAUGAAACUGAUGUCAGAUCAGUUACUGUACGUUGCCUUUGUGCGGCAGAGUGUGUGUGUAUUAGUCAAAAUUAACGUAUUCAGCCUAUUUCAUGACCAAAGAAUGUGUGCAGUGGGGAAAAAAAAAAACAGGUGAGAUGAUUUUGUUUCAUAUUUCAGUAUUUUUCUAAGCGUCUCUUUGAAAGCUUUUUAAAAUCACAGCGUCACAAAUUUUAAUCUUGAAAGCAGCACGUGACAUCUGAGAGGCUUUUGUGUACAGUUUUUUUUUUUUUUUCUUUUUUUUGCAGUGCCGCAUUUUUUUGUGUCAAGUUCUACAUAUUGUGGUGCUUUCUCUCUGCAGACUGGCAAUGCAGUCAUUGAAGGUGCCUGCAUGUUCAUUUUAAUUAUUUUUUUUCCUGCUGCUCAUCUCUACUCAACAGCACUGACGACUGCUGUAGAUGUUUGUGUGUAUGCGUGCGUGUUCUGCUUUGAAGCAAUAACUGUGGCUGUGUGUGAUGCUGCUGUAACUGUGUGUGUGCGCGUGUGCGUGUGUGUGUGUUCUGCUGAGAUGCACUGUGCGAAUGUUGGCUGCUCAGAACCUCAGUGUCUCUCUAGCACUUUUGCUUCGGCAACGUCUGUGCUGCUUUCAGGUGCUGUCGGUUCUCUGCCCAACCUGCCUGUAGCUGAGAACACUGUAAAACUUUAUUCCUUCUUUGUCUAAUUUGUAAAUGUCAGUAAGAUCUUUUGUGCAAUUGCCUGAAGACUGAUGCAGGCUAUAAAACUGCAGUGCAGGUUGCUCUGACAUUUGGCAAAGAGCAGCUUGUUUCAGACUUAGGCUCACUCAGUUAUCGACCGAUUAUAAGAACCAAUUUUCAGAUUUUUAGGAUUAUCACCAUUGUUUUUCCCAGUGAAAUCAAUUAAUUUAAAAAUGUGCUACUUUGGCUCUUGUGCACCUACGUCUAAUCGAGCAAGUUUUCCUCCAAAUGUAUCCAAUUAUUCAGAAAAUCAAAAAGAAAAUGCGCAUUUCCAUCUACUUCCACCUACUCUUAGUCCUAUAUUAAGGUUCUGGCUCUUCAUAAUGUUUUAAAACUUUGCCUGUUAGUUGCAGUAUUUCAACGAUCCAAAAUGUUCACUGAAAAGCUGAAAGACCUGAACUUGAAGGUGGUUUCAACUUUUGACCCCUGAACCAAACUGAACCACUGGUCUGGGUCCUAGAAAGGAGUUUCCGUUUCUAGUAUUUGUUGUUGUAUUUUUUGCAGGUUUCCAGAGAGUCAAUACAUGGAAAAAAUUCAGAGAAACAAAAUGAAGACAACAACAAUACAUUUAUGCUCAGAAAGGAGUAGGAAGUAAUAUGAGCAUAUUUAACCCUAACCCUUGUCAGUUAUCUCAUUUAUAACAAAUGUCUUUUCCAAUUUAAUGCUGUUUUUGUUGCUGUUUUCAUCUAAAAUGUUAAUUAUGUUUGUUUCUUUUACUAAUUCAGUGAACAUUGCAGUGUCUUUUUUGGUCCACAUUUACAUUAAUUCACUAAAACUACUUCCAUUGCACUACUUUGCAUUUAUUAUCAACACACCAGCUUUUCCAACUCUUUAAACCACAAACUAGAACCAUUUUCUUUUCUAGUGAGUUUGGGCAUUUCCACUUUUUAACUCAAAAUCAAAAACAGCUUCAUGGAAAAAAACAAACCCCUUCUGUCUAUACCCACCAAUAAAUAGUGGUUACACAUCACAGGUAAAAACUAAAUAAGAAAUUAUCAAUAAAUGCUCCUGUCCAAUGUAAAAACUGACUAUAAAUACUGUUGAAAUAUACUUUUUUGGAUCUGACAGGCUGAAGGCAUUUAAAAAUUCUUUUAGUGAUUCUAGACUCUGACACUCGAGGUUUUCAUUUUUACUGUAAAUGUAAAUCGAUUCCACAUUACAGUUUGGGUUUCCAUGAUUACUAAUUAUCAGCAUCGGCCGAUCAGUUGGCCUUUUUUCUUGUGUGCUCAUUAUAUAACAAUGUGCAUCUUGGUUGUAAGCUCUCUCGAACAUCUGUCUGUUUUUGCGCUGGUUUUGUUAAGUCUACCUCAGAUUGGCACAGGAAAGCACUAUUUCUGAACCUUUGAUCAUAGAUAUUGUCAUUACCUGCAUUUGAAUAACAAUUUGUGAUUUUGACUCGUCUAUCAAGUUGUACAGUCCCUGAAAUCUAAAGACGUGAUUUGCACCUUAUUGUACUCUGGGCUCAUCUGUGUGAGGACUCGGCCACAAAACUAGGACCACCAACUUUAUACAGGCUUCAGCAUCUCCAGCCCUGAUGUACUAAACUGCUCAUUAAUACUUAAGGCUGUCAUAAUUAUCUUUGUAAAUGUUUGUAAUGAUAGAGAAAAGGAAAUAUAUAACACUUGUGGAUGUAGAAACAUGACAACAGUGAAACUGUGUGUAGAUUCAUCAGUGUCUUAUUCAUUUUUACAAAAACAGCACCACUGACCUGUACACUGAAUUGUGGCUUGCUUCGUGUUGCUGUCGGUUAUCAUGCAUGAUGACUUAACUGGCCCGUGGCUCACGUUAUUUCUCCAUGUUUAGAGUCAUAUUUGGUUGUUGUGAAGGUGUGCCUUAGGCCAACGUCUUGUACGUCGCUGCUAGGGUUAGCGAUCAGCAGUGAUGCGCACCGUGUAUUAUCAGUUAUGGUGACUUAAGUUCACCCGAAGGGACAAGAAAAAAUGUCAUUAAUGCUCACACACAUCAGUUGGUUUUCUAAUUCAGCGCCAUGACAAAUAAAACCCACAGUAUGUUUCUA